UCCAACAGUAAAACAGGUCGGUGUAGAUGCCAUUCAUUUUGGAUAGAACAAUGAUGAUCUUCAGUUGAAGAUGGAAUGGUUAGCUGUAGGCAGUGGCACUCGGUUCUACCCAGCCCCCCCGACAGAUAAGUCAAAUGGGCUGCCGAGCCGGUGGUUUCGAUUUGACUGGAGCAUUCUAUUUCCGUGUGAUUUCACCAGUUGUUCCGUUAACUCAGGCGACGAGACCUUGAAACAGAACCCAGUUCCACUGUGCCUUAACCAGGACCGAUGGAUGUGUCUCCUCUGUGUGUUUGGCUACAAGUUUGGCUUGUAGCUACUCUUGCUUUUGUCGACACAGUAACAGCAGAGGACUUCUAUGAGCUGUUGGGAGUUGGCCGAAGUGCCAACACUAAGGAGAUCAGGAAGGCAUUCAAGAAAAUUGCAGUUAAAGAACAUCCAGACAAAAAUGCUGAUGAUCCAAAGGCCCAUGAAAGGUUUCUGCGGAUCAACAGGGCAUAUGAGGUGUUGAAGGAUGAUGAACUACGGAAGAAGUAUGACAUGCAUGGGGAGGAAGGUUUGGAGGACAAGCAGCAGGGCCGUCACUAUGAGAGCUGGCAGUGGUACCAGGAUAACUUUGGUAUCUAUGAUGAUGAUCCUGAAAUAAUCACUCUCAGCCGUACCGAUUUUGAGCAGUCAGUGGCUGGCACAGAAGACAUCUGGUUCAUCAACUACUAUUCAACACACUGCUCCCACUGUCAUGAUUUGGCACCCACAUGGCGAGAUGUUGCCAGGCAACUGGAAGGCGUCAUCCGCAUCGGGGCUGUGAACUGUGAGGAUGACUGGCAACUCUGCCGCAUGCAGGGUGUCAGUAGCUACCCAUCACUCAUCAUGUACCCACAGCGCGAGAAGUAUCAUGGUGACCGCAGCACCAAGGUUCUUGUGAAGUAUGCGAUGCAGCAGCUCAGGGUGAAGGUUGUUGAGCUCUGGGAAGGAAAUUUCAAGGCAGAGGUGGAAGACGAUGAGAGUGGUCUCCCUUGGGUCAUUACCUUUUGUGGAGAAGGGGGAGAUUGCUUGGAGGAAAAAACCAGUUUGAAGUUGGCUGCCAUGUUGGAAGAACUAGUGAGGGUCGGCAGCAUCAACUGCCACACAAGUGCGGAUCUGUGUGGGAGUUUGGACCAUGAGUACGGCACCUACUUCUAUGAGGCAAACAAUGUUGACAUUAGCCAAGGGCUGGAACUGACUAGUCUGGUGGCACAGGAGUUGGCCCAGGAUAUCCUGUCUCAACUCCCCGAUGUCACGCCGCUUGAUGAGGAGACCUUCAAGGAAAUACGAGAGAAGUUGGAGACUGGGCAGGACCGGGCGUGGCUGAUCCACUUCGUGGACCGAGAGGGACAUCAGGAUCUGGACCUGAGGAAGCUUCCGGCGAUGUUGGCGGACUUCCAUAUAGGGCGAGUGAACUGUGAGGUGAUGAGGGAGGCCUGUAGGAAGCUGCACAUCGUCAAGCGGCCCACCUUCAUGGUGUUCAAGGAGAGCGGGGGAUCCGAGAUGUAUUAUGGUCGACUAACAGCACAUGACCUGGCUGCCUUUGCCCGAGACAGUGCCGUCACAAAGUUGGAAGCCUUGGGGCCCCAAGACUUCCCUCAGAGAGUCGUGCUCAGCCAAGAUCCCUGGUUUGUCGACUUCUUUGCACCUUGGUGUCCACCAUGUAUGAAACUGCUGCCAGAGUUCAGGAAAGCAGCCAAGUCAUUUAGUGAGAAUGUGAACUUUGGCACCGUCGACUGCACCGUACAUUCCCAACUCUGCAACAAUUACAACAUCAGGUCGUACCCUACCACCAUCUUGUACAACCAGAGCAGGCCACACCAGUACCAUGGCCACCACAGUGCAGACUCCAUUGUAGAGUUCCUACAGGACACACUGAACCCUCCUGUGAUGCAGCUGAACCAGCAACAGUUCAGGGAACAUGUGGCCCAGAAGAAGGUGAACGAGGUGGUUCUGGUUGACUUCUUUGCCCCCUGGUGCGGCCCUUGUCAGCAGCUGGCCCCAGAGUGGAGGAGACUCGCGAAGAUGGUGAAGAAUGUGAAUAACCUCAAAGUGGCCCAGGUUGACUGUGUGGAAAACAAGGGCCUUUGCCAGCAGGAAAGUAUCACCUCCUACCCCACCAUGAGGCUGUACCCAGCAGGGACGUCUGGGUCAGGCAGCUUCCACAUGUACAAUGGGUGGCAUCGAGACGCUGGAUCCCUGCGUGCCUGGGCCUAUGAGUUCCUCCCCAGUAAGGUGCAGACACUACGGCAGUACAACUUCAGGAAGAUGGUUCUGGAGAGCAGGGAGUCUUGGAUCGUGGAGUUCUACACUCCUUGGUGUGGCCACUGCCAGGUGUUUAAACCAGAGUUUGAGAAGGUUGCUGAGCAACUUGAAGGUGUAGCACAUGCAGGAAAAGUGGACUGUGAUGCUGAACCUUGGCUCUGUCAGGAAGUUGGUGUUCAAGCUUACCCAACCGUCAGGUUCUUUCAAGGGGCAGACAACUCACAUACUGCUCAGCAUGCUUAUGGUUGGGACAUCCAGAGUCAAAAUGCAGAUGAAAUAAUAAACUUUGUGAAACAGAAUUCUAGAAAAAUGGGCCAUGAUGAGUUAUGAUGUCAGACGACCAAAGACAGCAAUCCAGAUUAGAGAACUUCGCCAAGAUAUAAUCUCAAGGCAGAUUUCAACAGUCAGUCUGACCCUGCUUCACCUCAAGCCUUACAAGUCCUACACAGUGGUCUAUCUGCUCACUGAAACCUUGUGAAUCCAUUCCAGCACUCCAGGACUCCAGGCAACCAAGUCUAGACAGUGUUAUACAGUGACAUCGCAUUGGACCCUGUUAAUCUGAAAGCCGUCCUUCUGAAUGAUUGGUUUAAAAAAUGAAAUGUGGAAUUAAGGGACAUUACAGUCUCACAUUAAUUUUCAGUCCAGUCAUUUGAACAAUGACUGGAUUAUUUAUAUAGACAGUAACACUGGAAAUGGUACUGUCUGGAUUAACAUAGCUUCACUGUAGUACACUUUAGCCAUGGAUCGAUAAUCUGGAUGAUGUAAGUGGGAAUGCAAGUAUCAUGAUUAUAUGGUUUGACUGCAUCUUGAUUGGUGCAAUGAAUUUUCUGAUGUAUUGUGUAAUGAUAUAAGUUAUAUCUCCUUGGGGAUUCUAGUUACAAAUAUCGGUCCCCAGCUACAAACUGAAUAUAGCUGAAGGUGGACGUUAAAGAACAAACCAGAAAUGGUUAUGCUGCAGGACAGACAGAUUAACUAUCACAAAACAAUCUGUGUUGAUUUGCUAUGUUUGAGUAGUAUUUAUAAACAUGUGCUUACUCACAUGUAUUUGUUUAUAUUCAUACAUGAUUUGCUGAUCUGAAACAAAUGUUGCUAUGAUACCUGGGUGGACUGUUUCAGCUCUGAUGUUUGGUACAUGUCGCAUAUAUUCAGUACUAUUUCUUUAAAUGCUGGGUCUGUUUGUAGUGACCAGUGCAUCCAGAUCCUGCAGGACUUGAACUAUUUUGUGAGAGGAAUCUCAUAUCUUAUGUCUUCAUUGCACAAGUUGAUUGACAGAAUACAUUAUCAGAAAACCAUGAACAGAAAAUUCUUAACAUGGUGUUGAUAAUGUGAAGCUAUUUUAUUAAAGGUUUGAACACAUUUUAAAUGAUCUGAAGUGGUAGCUAAAUUGUGGUGUUAGAUGGUGGUAUCAUGUGAAGAUAUUGUGUACCGGUAAUAUUUAUGGGGAAUUGACACCUUGAACAAAAGAAGGGAACAUUUUAAAGAAAUAGUUCCCUAUGCAAUUUGAGUCAAUGGAUUAGUGUAUGAAAGGUCAUUGAAACAGUUCCCAUGGUUUUAGAAUGUCAAAUAUUCUUCACUGUGUCUUCUAUAGUUUUCCUUCAGCUUCAACAAACUGUAGCUAAUGUACAUGUAAAUGUAUUGGAUAUGUCACAUCUAGUAACUUGUUUGAAUUCAAGAUUUGAAAGAUAUUUUGUACCUGUUGUUCUGUAACAGACUUUUGUAACAUAUACCAGUACAACAGAUACCAGACCUUUUAAUAUACUUUCUACAUGUGUGGGUUUUAGCUUGGUUAUUCAUAUUAAACUUGAUGCUUUUAAUGCUGUAUAUUGUACAGCCUAUUCUGGCUGUUCAGAGGUAACUGUACAAUCGGCUGGAGAGUAAUGUUUUUCUGUACUAUCUUUUGUCACAGCAGUAUGCGGGCAGUCUUUAUGUUGUGCAAUAGCAUUAUAUAAUAUGGGUCGUUUGUUUAUUGUCCCAGUGUUUCUAUAAAUUGGAAAACCAGAAACAUAAUACCAUCUGUUGAUGACAGACUUAGACUUCAGAAUAAAGAAGUCGUUAUUUAUGAAAAGCCUAAGUUAUAUAAAACUUUGCAAUGCAGCUUAGAAGUUGUGAUUUGUUAAAUACAAUAACUUGUAUUGCUGCAGCUGCAAGAGGUGAUUGCUAUGUCUGUAUGUCACUUGAGACUGAUCCCUUCAUUUGUAAUGAAGAAACUCAAGGAGUCUGUUGAUUAUGCACUUUGAGAAGAACUGAGUUAACUGAAGUCAACAUACCUCAUUGCUAGCUCCAAUAUACUUUUUCAAGUACGGUACAUCAUUUAGAAAAAUGUUGGUUUCAUUUUGUAACAUGCAAUAAGAGAUCAGUAUAAUUGCUACCCUGAUAUGACAUUAAAUCAAUAAUGAUUCCUCUGAAAACAAUCUAAUGGUUAUACUUUCCAAAAUUAAAUGCCCAACAUCCAUGGUAAUAUAUGAGAAUCUGUCAGGAUUACGAACCCAAUAUGUUUUGUAUUUCUGUGAUAUUGUCAGCAGUCUGGAACCACCAGAAGACAUCCCUGCGAGGCAGGUGCUUGUGGUGAUGCCAGCUACUGGGAACUGGUGUAUGUGUUGUGGGGGAAACACUGCUUAGUUAGUCGGGUACUGCUUACAUUGUUCAGGUAACGGAUUGUGUCAGAGACGGGUUCUGCUUCCUUCUGUCAGGUAUACCUUGCAUUGGCUAUUAUUAAUAUUUACUGUCUAUAUUGUUUGUGAUUGAAAAUGAAAAAAGUAAAUGAUAUCAGUGACACAGUUUGAUACUGCAUUAUGAAGAUGUGAGGGGCAUUCAUUCAUAGAACAACUACAGGUUCUUAGGGAGAGUAGUGAUGUCAAGUGGAAAGUGUCCCGUGUGUCACUGACUUUGCUAGCUUCGGUUUAAAGCUUUGUAUAGCCAGGCAUUGGUGUAGAUUGAACAUCCCCCUGUGUAGUGGACUUCUUCAGUGGUCCUUGAGUUACAUGGUGGCCAUGUUCCAGAAACAGAUUGGUAAUAUUGCUGUUUUGGGCAGAAUGUUUGUUCUGAAUUAUCAUUAAUUACUCCCUUAUAUGUAGCUAAUGUCAGCCUGGGAAUUAAAACGUUACAGUUUUAUGUUGGGUAUAUCUUAAUGUUCGGGUAUUCCUUGGUCAGUGGGUAUGAAUUUCAGAAGGCACAAGUGUGCUGUCCGCUAUGGACAGACAAUGAUUAGGUGAAAUGGUUGUUACUUUGUAACAUACAGCCUUAUUGACUGACAUUUGUGAUUUUAUGUAUAAUUUAAAUUUAUGAAGUGAUAUUAAGAUGUUGCUCCAAGGUAUGAUAAUACAUGGAUGACAAUGCUGUCUCUAUGCAGGCCUUUGUACUUAAACCAUUCAUCUCUUGCUGAAUCAAUUUUUCAAUUUAUACAUGUCAUUUGUCACUGUAUACUACUUCUGUCUCAACUCACCCCUUAAUAUAUCAAUGUUAAUUUGGGAUUACUCUUUCUGAGCAAAGUACAGAUUCUAGUACUUUUGUUGUGUUGAGUCCCAUCCAAGAUACAAACCCACACACUUAGAGUCAGGUUGAGGCUGAGUGGGUUAGGUGGCUGACUUUGUGUGCUGGCGAUUAGGUGCCUGACUCUGAGGGUAUGGGUUCAAAUGCCAGAUGGUACUCAACCCAACAAAAGUACUAGAAUCUGUACUUUACUGAGAAAGUGUAAUCCCAAAUUAACAUGUUACAUUUGACCACUUUCUAAAUGGCAUUGUGUAUUCAUCACCCCUUAAUAGCCCAACGAGUUUUGUUCCAAGCAACAUUCUGUUGGUCAGACUUGGUGACUUGGUUGAUGGCAAGUCAUUGUGCCCCAAAGAACAUGGAGUGCUGUUCACAAUGCCAUCAGUGAUGUUGGAUUGGACAGGCAUAGCUGCUUGUUAGAGUGCUGUUUGUAUUUGUUUUUACAUUACAGUAGCAACACUGAGAU